AAAAUGCGACCCUGAACAUAGAAAGAAAAUGCCUUCGUCACAAAAACCAAUGCGAUAUGGUCACACAGAAGGACACACCGAUGUCUGCUUUGAUGACACUGGGAGCUGCAUUGUAACCUGUGGUAGUGAUGGAGAUGUCAGGAUUUGGGAAAGCCUAGAUGAUGAUGAUCCCAAGUCAAUUAAUGUGGGAGAAAAGGCCUACUCAUUUGCUCUCAAGAAUGGAAGACUGAUUACAGCAGUGUCUAACAACACUGUUCAGAUCCAUACAUUCCCAGAAGGUGUUCCAGAUGGUAUUUUGACACGCUUCACCAUGAAUGCCAAUCAUGUGGUUUUCAAUGCCGAUGGAAGUAAAGUAGCUGCUGGAUCCAGUGACUUUGUGGUGAAGAUAGUGGAGAUAGCUGACAGCAGCCAGCAGAAGACAUUUCGAGGACAUGAUGCCCCUGUUUUAAGUGUGUCAUUUGAUCCAAAGGACACUUUUCUGGCUUCAGCAAGUUGUGAUGGAUCUGUCCGAGUGUGGAAAAUUUCAGAACAGACUUGUGAAACAAGUUGGCCAUUGCUGAAGAAGUGUAAUGAUGUGGUAAAUGCAAAAUCAAUAUGUAGACUCUCCUGGCAACCAGAGACAGGAAAGCUACUAGCCAUUCCAGUAGAGAAAGUCAUUAAACUGUACAGAAGAGAAACCUGGCAUCAUCAGCUGGAUCUGACAGAUGAUUUCAUUACACAGACCCUCAAUGUUGUGGCUUGGUCUCCAUGUGGACAGUAUGUGGCAGGUGGAAGUGUUGAUGGCCGUAUUGUGAUUUGGAACAUGGACACCCAAGAGUGUCUGGAGAGGGUGAAACAUGAAAAAGGUUAUACCAUCUGUGGUCUGGCAUGGCACCCAAAGGGAGGUCAGAUUGCCUAUACAGACAUGGAAGGAAAUCUGGGACUGAUUGAAAAUGUCUGUGAUGUGCAAAAAAAGAAAUCAAACCAUACGGCAUCAACUCCUGCUACCAAAGACUAUGAUGAUCUUUUUGAUGAGGAUGAUAAUGAGGACUUUCUGAAUGGAGAUUUGACUGGGGAUGACUGGGGUUCAAAAGCAGUAAGAAAUGAUGAAGAUGAAGAUGAUGACCUUAUGAUGGCAUCAGGACGACCCAGAAACAAAGGAGCUGUAAUAGAAGAUGAUGAGAACUCCUUAGAUGGUGGAUUGUCGAAAGCUAAUUCUGCCCUUGAUAAAGAGGAUGAUGAAGAAAGCCUUGCUCCAAUCCAGCCACUCUCAUCAACCCAAAGACCUUUCUAUGAUGGGCCAGUGCCAACUCCUCGGCAAAAGCCAUUCCAGGCCAGUUCCACCCCAGUGCAUCUCACUCAUCGCUUCAUGGUUUGGAACUCUGUCGGUAUUAUUCGCUGCUAUAAUGAUGAGCAAGACAAUGCUAUUGAUAUUGAAUUCCAUGACACUGCGAUUCAUCAUGCAAUGCACUUGCCAAACUCUUUAAAUCAUACAAUGGCUGACCUUUCCAACGAAGCUAUUUUACUAGCCUGUGAGAGCACAGAGGAACUAGCAAGCAAAUUUCACUGCAUCCAUUUUAACUCCUGGGAUUCCAACAAAGAAUGGACUGUUGACAUGCUGCAAGAUGAGGAAGUUGAAGCCAUUUGUCUGGGCCAUGGUUGGGCUGCCUGUGCCACUAGCACUCUUCUCCUUCGUGUGUUCACCAUUGGGGGAGUCCAGAAAGAGAUUUUCAGCCUCCCUGGUCCUGUGGUAUCAAUGGCAGGUCAUGGAGAGCAACUGCUGGUGAUUUUUCAUAAAGGUACUGGCUUUGAAGGGGAUCAGAAUCUUGGAGUACAGCUGAUUCAACUUGGAAAAAGAAAGAGACAGAUUUUAUGUGGUGACCCACUUCCCCUCUCUAGGAAAUCUUACCUAACAUGGGUAGGAUUUUCAGCAGAAGGCACCCCUUGUUAUGUGGAUUCAGAGGGCAUUGUACGCAUGCUGAACAGAGGGCUUGAUAAUACUUGGACUCCAGUCUGUGACAUGAGGGAGCACUGCAAAGGAAAGUCAGAUCACUACUGGGUUGUUGGCAUUCAUGAAAACCCUCAACAACUCAGGUGCAUUCCUUGUAAAGGAGCCCGUUUCCCCCCAACCCUUCCUCGUCCUGCAGUAGCUGUGCUGCCAUUUAAGCUUCCUUUUUGUCAGACUGCGACAGAUAAGGGACAAAUGGAGGAGCAGUUCUGGCGCUCUGUCUUAUUUCACAAUUACCUGGAUUAUUUAUCACAAAAUGGAUAUGAGCAUGAUGAAAGUGUCAAAGGCCAUGCAGUCCAAGAACAGCAAAAUCUCUUGAUGAAAAUGUUUGCACUUUCCUGCACACUAGAACGUGAAUUUCGCUGUAUGGAGCUCGCUGAGCUCAUGACGCAAAAUGCCACCAGCUUAGCUAUCAAGUAUGCCUCACGCUCUCGGAGAUUGGUUCUUGCCCAGAGGCUCAGUGACCUGGCAGCAGAAAGAGCAGCAGAGUUGGCAGCUGCUGAAGAGUCUGGCGAAGAUGAGAAGGAGCAGCAGCAGCAGCAGCAGCAGCAGGAUUUCAGAAACCAUUUAAAUGCUGGUUACAGUAACACCCCCACAGAAUGGAGUCAGGCUUGUGUCAGAAAUCUUCAGCGCCAGGAAAGUGUGGAGAAGAAUGAGGAAGCUGCAGACCAGGCUGAGGAGGACACACCUGAUGUGACAAAACCUAGAUCUCCCAUGCUCCAUGAGAGUGCGUCUACUCCCAAAUCUGCGGUAACUGGAGCUAGCAACCAAGGGCGAAUCAAUCCUUUUAAAGUUUCCAGUAGCCAAAAGGAUCCACUGGGUCACUCAGUUAACAUUUUAGACAACAUGACCAAACUGUCUAAGAGAAAUACCACACCAACUGGUCGAGCUGCUUCAAGCAAAGAGAAAGGUCCAGUUAUAAAACCGUUGAUGCCCAAGCCCAAGUUAAAGCAGGCUGCAGCAGCUGCAUUUUUCCAACCCCGAACACCUAGGACUGAAAAAAAACCUGAGGAAGAGAAAGGAGAGAAAAAUGGAACAACAGAGCCUGAACCCCAAACUAAAACUGAGGCUAAUGAUAGUAAAAGGCCUAAGACUGGAUUUCAGAUGUGGCUUGAAGAAAACAGAAGCUGUAUUUUGACAGAUAAUCCUCAUUUUGAGGAAACAGAGAUAAUAAAAGAAGGCAUGAGCCGGUUCAGAGCUUUGACUGCUGAAGAAAGGAUGACUUGGACUGAGAAAGCCAAGGAAAAAGAAGCCAGUGAUCCAGUUGAAGUUAAAAAACGGGAGCGCCCAGAAGGUGUUAAUGGUGAUGGGCAAGAAGAUGAAGUACAAAAAAUCAAACCAGGACUCAAGUCAGAUAAAAAAUCUAAAUCCUUUGAGCAUAGUACCAUUGCAAAGUUAUCGGUGUUUGCAUACAAGGCAAGCUAA